CAGCAAUUAGGAUAGUAAUAAAUAAAGUAUGUACACUCCUAACAAAGACCAACUAUGUUUGUAUGAACCUUUAGCAGUGUUGGAUAUAAACAACUUUAUUUUCUCAACUAUACAUAUGGAACAUUACUAAAGGCACAUUUAAUCUUUGUGUUUUUUUACCAUGCAAAAUAAUUCUUAAAUUACCAAAAUAAAACCACCACUAAUUUGCAUGGUUAGAAUCAACAUCAGGGGAUUUUUUAUCGCCAUCUCUUGCCAUUUCAUACCUACAGUGUACCCCAAGUCCUGUGGAGUUCACUAUAAAGAGUUCAGGAACUAUGGAUAAUUCAACCACUUAUGGACAUAUGGCAGGAAGUUAUAAGCAAUAUUUUAGCCAAAAAUACAAAAAUAAAUGUUAAAGUGUAUUUAAUAUUAUUAUAUUUGAGUAGUUGAAGCUUUUGUAGUGAAGAAAAUGUAAAAAAAAGAAAAAGACAAAGAAAAGAAAAGGACUUUUAUUUGUGUAUCCAUGCUUUUAUGCUGAAAAAGGGGGGGAAACCGGAAGAGACUCUCAACAUUUUCAUUUUAAACUUAACAGUCAGCAGUUAAACUAAAAAUAAUAUUUGAAAAUGCUUUAUUUUUUUAAUUUAUGAAGGAAAAAAUAUAUUUAACCACUUGGUCAGGUGUAGUAAACUAAUUUGCUUCGAUAAAAAAAUGUUUUUGCUUUAAGAGGAAGUGGCUUAAGCUCCGCCCACAAGUAUUUGUUUCUUUGGAAAUAUGGCGGCGCAGGCUAAUCGCGGGGUCCCGUUGAGCACGCUUGCACCCAAGUAUCUCCACACCAACUCCACCAGCCACACCUGGCCCUUCAGCGCCAUCGCUGAGCUCAUAGACAAUGCCUACGAUCCAGACGUCAGCGCCAAACAGUUCUGGAUUGAUAAAACUUUUAUUAAAGAAAACCUGUGCCUCACCUUCAUGGAUAAUGGAAAUGGACUGGACCAUAAAACUAUGCAGAAAAUGCUCAGUUUUGGAUACAGUGACAAGACAGCAGUUAAAGGACACGAGCCCAUUGGCAUGUACGGAAACGGCUUUAAGUCUGGAUCUAUGCGUCUUGGAAAAGAUGCCAUCGUCUUUUCCAGGUCAGAUAGUGGAAUGUGUAUCGGGAUGCUUUCCCAGACCUACCUGGAAGAGAUUGGUGCAGAACAAAUUCAAAUUCCUAUUGUUUGCAUUGAAGAGAGGAACUUGAGUGGCUUCUCGGUUAAAGCGGAGCACAGAGCCAGUCUUCAGGACAUUCUGCGGUAUUCUCUUUUCCAAACACAGGGGGAACUUCUGGCUGAACUGGAUGCCAUCACAUCUUCCUUCUCUGAGGAGCAAACAGGCACAAGAAUCAUCAUUUGGAAUCUGCGCAGAACGGCUACAGAUGCAGCAGAGUUUGACUUUGAGAAAGAUCGCUAUGACAUCCGAAUUCCCUCUGAAGUCUAUGAGGCGAUCAGUGACCCCUCAAAAAUGUCGGAAAGGACGGCGUCUUAUAUUCCUGAGACUGUUUACUCUCUACGGGCUUAUUGCAGCAUUCUGUACCUGAAACCUCGCAUGCAGGUGGUGUUACGUGGUAAAAAGGUCAAAACGGUGCUAAUUGCUAAAAGCCUGGCCUACACAAGAAAGGACUUUUACAAGCCCAUCUUCCUGAGCAAACGUGUUCCAAUUCUUUUUGGUUUCAACACCAAAACAAAAGAUCAGUACGGUGUCAUGAUGUAUCACAAAAACAGGCUAAUCAAAGCUUAUGAGCGUGUGGGCUGCCAGCUCAAGGCAAAUAACAUGGGUGUCGGCGUCAUCGGGAUCAUAGAGUGCAACUUCCUGGAUCCGACGCACAACAAACAGAGCUUCAUUGAGUCUGAUAAGUACAGAAAAACCAUGAACAAUUUAGGGAUAAAGCUUGAAGAUUACUGGAAAGAGACGCAGUAUAGGAGGAAAACCGAAGACCCAAACAGCUCCAUACCAGUGGAGGACACCAUAAAGCGACCGGACCAGAACUGGGUGCAGUGUGACGGCUGCCUGAAGUGGCGCAAACUCCCGGAUGGGAUUGAUUGCAGCAAGCUGCCAACCGAGUGGUUCUGCCGGAUGAACCCGGACCCUCAGUUCAGGAGCUGCAAGGUGGAGGAGGAGCCUGAAGAUUCUGACGAUGAACAGCCAUCGUAUCGCAAGACCUACAAGCUACACGAGAGGGAGGACAAGAUGAAAAAAGAGAAAAUACAGCAGCAAAUUUUUCGACAGCAGGAGCAGGACCGUUUUGCUGCGAUAACGGCACAAAACAACGCCCUGAAAAAGCAACAAGAGAGUCUGAGACGGCAGCUGCAUCAAAUGUCUCCUUCCAUUCCCACGACCCCGAGGAACAGGUCUCCUCUCCUCAGGUCUUCCACCAUUUCACAAGCAGCAGUGAGUCCUUCUGAAAGCAAUGGACUUCCAGUGAUUACCAAUGUAUGCUCGCUGUCCACCAACCCCUCUGCUCUAAAAAGGCCGCCCCCUUCUCCUUUGACUACCCCAAAACGACCUCGUGUAAGUCUCCCAUCCAGGAUCUCAAGCGCUUCGGCAGAAAUAGAUGCACGCUCCCCAUCUGUGCCCGCUGAAGUGGAGGAUUUAGACGACAGCACCGAUGACGACGUUUCCAUUUUGGAGUCCUGCAGCACGCCAAAGCCAGCAAAGCCUGUCUAUGAUGUUGGCAAAGUGAAAAAGGAGGUGAAGACAGAAGAGUCUGUAAACAGCAUCAGCAUGCUGCUGGACUGUACCGACGACGCUGCCGUGGACGCCCCCUCUGAACAAAACCCUGCAGGAACGGGAUGUCCUACAGACACGGCCAGUGCCACCACCCAGACAGAGAUCCUCAAAGUGAAGCUGGAGAAGGAGAGCCAAAGUCUAACGGAAGGGAAUAAAACUGUGAACCCGGGAGCAUUUAGUAGCACACAGAGCGCGAAUGCCCAAAGUCUGAAGAUAACUGAGUUCAAACAAGAGAAGAACAGUCAGACUGAGGAGAACCUGCAGAACGGAGAGACGCUGAUGGAGAAGGGCGGCACUUCCCAUGAGAGUCAAAGUAUUACUGAGGUACAGAGGCAGCAGGACGAGCUGUUGGAGCUCCUCCAGGACACCGCCCAGGAGAGAGACAACUUCAGAGAGGAGCUGCAGGAGCUCACCGUCCAGCUGCAGGAAAUGCAAAAGAAACUGUCCGAGACCAGCCAGAAGGCGGGCUCCAACCAGCCCUGCCAGGCGGAGAAAAGUGAGGGAAGGGACUACAAGGCUCUGUUUGAGAGGGCCAAGCAGAAAGUGCAUGAUUUGGUUAAGGAUAAACAGGCUUUAAUAGCAGCCGCUGAAAGGAAAACUAAUCUAAGUGCUGAAGAAAAGGAUAUUGAUGAAAUUUCACUUAAAGUGGGAUGUUUAGUCCAGGAGUUGGAUAAAAGAAACCAGGAGAUGGACGAGCUCCGCCUACAGCUUAAUAGCCUAGAAGAGGAAAAAUCAAGCCUGGCAGCUGAGUGUGAGGAGCUGAGAUGCAAAUUGCAGCAACAAGCUGACAGCACAAGAGGCCUUCAUUUUUCUGCUUCACAUGCAGAGAAACCAGGAGGAUCAGCAGAAGCUGAUUUAAACUCCACCUCUGAGGCCAUGACCAGUUUGAUUGAACUUCGUCAAAACGUCGGCCGCCUUCUCGUCUCCUACAUGCCAGCUCUUGAAUUGGAUCAAGUGAACUAUGAAUGUAAUGUCAUCGAUGAAAUCCUGGAACAGUACCUGUCCAGCUUAGACUCUAACUGAUGCUUCUCCUCCUUAAACAUAAAGACACUUUUUACAAAUGGAAACGCUCAUCGUGGUGGUCCUGCAUAAACCUGGACUGAUGAAAAUGUCCCUUCCAGUCACGAGAACGAUCUUUGGGAUCCGUGAUGAACUGUCUUAAGAAUCCCCUGUGCUGAUGAAACUGCGUCUGUGUGGAAAUUAAGUUGUGUUUAUUCAAAAUUAUGUAUCAUUGGCUGUUGAUUCCUGUGUCUGAAAUAAUACUGAAAAUCCUAUUUUACAGCUGAAAAGCUUAAUCUUUUUUUUUAUUCAUCUCGGCGUCUGAGUGUAGCUUUCCUGUUCCUGGUUGGUGUAUGAAGACUCUUCUAUUUGAGAGUGUUUGAGACAUCGAGUUUGUUUCUGUUAGAAACUGUGGUGUGAUGAUAACAGGUUUAGUAGCAAUGGAGUAGAACUGCUAAGUUUUGAUCUUUAUAAAUCAAGUACGAUUGCUGUUUGAACAGUUUCAGUUGCAAUAAGCUCCGGCGCACCGGUUCACCUGAACACUGUGGAAGACACAAAGGAUGUGGAAGUUUUGCACUUUGUUUGGAUUUUCUGAGUACAAGUGGGACAGAACACUUGAUUUUUUUUAUUUUUUUAAAGACAUGUUUUCAUUGUUUUUCUUUUUAAUCUUCUGUGUGUUUUAUUAAUUAUAUGUUGUACAAAUUAUUCAUAGUAAAGAUAACUUAAAUAAUCUUUAACCAAGAUGUUUGAUCAUAUUGAAUAUUGAUAAAAUUAACCCCAUGCACAUAACUACAUGAACAAGGCUAUUUAUUUCUUUUUUUUUCAGUGUUAAUGCUAUCUGUGUUUUUUUGUCCAUUUCAAAACAUGUUUAAUGUUUUCUUCUUACUUUUAUACCCAAGGAAGCAAAAAAAGUGCAGAUAAAAGAAGUGUAUUAGGAGUGCAUCAAUAAAACAUGACUUGCUUAAGUUA